GCGAUUUCAAAUAAAAGAAAAAAAUAUAUCAUGUAUCUAUCAAAAAAGAGGAAAAUUUUGUUAUUGUAGAUUUAAACACCAAUGUCUUUCAAAUUGUCGUCAUUUUUAUUAACAGUUUUACCGUUAGUUUUUCUGUUAAAAUUUAGUGAUUAUUAUAUUAGUUCGUUUCUUAUUCUAAAGAUAAUUAAUUGUAUGCGUGAGAUGUCACACAUUGAAUGAGCUUCGAAGUGGAUCGGUACUCGCCAGCGUGGGCACAUAUAGCCCUUUGUGCGGAUCUCACAUGGACUACGGAACCCCCUGAUGAAUUCAUUAUAGCUAAUCAGCGCCUAUGGGCACAACACUGCCGAAUAUCGCAAGUGCUACAAGACGCAGCAGCAGAAUCGCAGAACUUGCAGAAGAACAACGAAUUAACAGAUAAAAGAAGCGUAUCGAGCCAGAGCCAAGAGAACGGCAGCUGUAGUGGCAGGAGAAGCGUAAAAGAUGUUAUACCGGAAUCGAGAUUAGCACAAUUUUAUGGAAAUUUCUAUUACGACGAAGUCAGAGAAAAAUGUUAUACCAGUCCUAACGAAAGACCAAAUGGACGAGGGUACAACGGACAAGGAUGUGAAAACUCCGAUCUCACGGAAUGUUGGAUGCUACCAGAGGUGGAGUACUGGUUUCGGAAGCUGGUAGACGACUCGCCAGACCGGAGCUUCCCUCGUCGCCGCCGCCAGUACAGGAUGCUCACCGAUGACGAUUUCUAGCGAGCGCUGGGACUCGGCUGGGGCGCGGGCGGCGGGCGAGGAGG